UCGCUUGUAUGUGGUGUGAAAACAUAAUGAAUCUCAGUCAGUUAAACAGAUCAAAUCAGUUCCAGUUGACGGGGAUUAAACUAAUGUUAUUUUAAGAAACCCUUCAUAACGCGAUUAAACAGGAUUUGCCGGUGAUCCUCUCUCUCGACACUUUCUGUCAUCGUGUGUUUGUCAUUCCAGGCGUGUGCACAGAAGUACUGUGUGUAGUUAAGUGUGUACUUACGCAUCUUUCAUAAUGUCUUUUCCAGUCACUAAGCGACUAUUUUGAUACGAACGUUCGUUUUUUUUUUUUUUGCUCUACACUCACCGGUCUGUUCUCUGAUUGGCUGCUGCAGGAAAGAAACGAAAAUGAUUGGUCGAAGAUUUCUUUAUGUACAGUACUGACACCUCACUGUACCUCACAGCACUGACACUGUAAGAAGCACGUGAACCUGCUGGGCUGCCAUCUCGUUUCUGCACUAAAGGGGAAAUGCAGUUUCAUCAACACUGUUAAAGAACUUUGAAUUCAUAUCAGGGUGGAGGUUUCCAUAAUUUGCAAAUGCCGAUAAGUGACAUGUGGCAAGAUGGCAAUGGCCUCGACACAAUGGGCGAGAUUGACAGUAAUGGCAGCUGUGACAGUGUGGUCAGCUUCAACUCAUGCUUUAGUGAUGAAAGUAUGGAGUAUCUCUCUGCUGAGGAGAGGGCUUGUCUCAUGUACCUAGAGGAGACCAUUCAGUCACUGGAUACAGAGGAUGAUAGUGGCCUAUCCAAUGACGAGUCUGAUCAGCUGCCAGCUCGGGGAAAUGUAGCUAACAAAGCAGCCCACCUUUCCUCGUCGACAGGACUCAACAAGCUCCCUCAAGAUGUGCCCAAAAGCCAAUUUGAAGGUCCAUUGUCAUAUAGCAGCUUGGUGCAAAAUGAAAUUCUGAAUUAUAUGGUUCCUACUCCAUUUGUCCUUGCAAACCAUAACUCGCGUAUCCAAACCAAACCUGAAUUAGCUGCAUCCCAGAAAAAGACCGCACCCAAAGUGGCUUGUGAAAGUAACCAGCUCCAAGAAGAAGUUCUACGAGUUCCCUCAGAGGCCAGUGUGGUAGUGAUACCACCUCCAUAUAAAAUCAAAGGCAGUAAAGAUACAGCGGAAGAACAACAGAAUAAUCAUCAGCCAGAGAACGUGGCACGUAGAGGACCACUCUCGUAUGAAGCACUGGUCCAUCUGCGCAAGAGUGCUUCAAUGCGGAGAACCAAUGCAACUGAAGCCAAAACCGAAGAACAGCAGGUUUCUACAAAUAAAGAUCACGAGGGAAGCAUCUCUACAUCCCAAACUCAUACCCAGAACUCACAGGCCAUGACAAGUAGGAACUCCAAGCCCACUCCUCCACCUGUGGCCCCUAAACCUAAAAUGAAAACCCCACACAAAGUCCCAAUGAACCAGGAAGGAGACUCCAACUCCAAGAUCAACUCAACCAUCCCUUACCCAGGGGUAUUGUCUGUAGAUAAAUUAAUGAACCCAGAGAAAGUAAGAGUAGAGGCUCUUUGCAAGCUGGGUCUCCUUAAGGAUGCAAAGAACCCAAUCUGUCAACAACUAAAGCAUUCACAGUCCCCAGCAAACAAAGAGCAAAACCAGACCAUAAGUGAACGUCUUGCUCCAAGAGUUCCUGCAAGACCUGGAGAACAAAUAAACCAGCCAGUACAAAGUUGCAGCACUCUCCACCAAAGGUGUGACCUUUCUACAGCUUCAUCUCCUCCGCAAAAUGCCGAUAUGACUUCAACCGGGACAUCUGCCACACUGGAACACACUGGGAUUGUACUGUCAGGUUCUAACAUCACAGUCUUGAAUGCAAUUUCUCAGAACCACCAAUCAGGUUCUUCUACAGUAGGACCCAAAAACCACUUUGCAGACACUCAAAUGGAUUCUAAUGAAUCGGUAUCCACAAAAACGGAAUUGCAUGCAUCAUCUCGUUCCAAAGGCGUCAACGUGCCGGUUCCCAGCAUUGGAAGAGAUCGGAGAGAGGCAUUACGAAAACUAGGAUUGCUGAAAAACUGAAAUUUGCUGACUGUAUGUUCUCUGCAAGUCAUGAUGCGUCAAAUACUGUUUCCGGGUCCAAACCUCCUCUCCAUUUAAGUAAGAAUACGAUUUCCUGCAAUACGAGCACUAUUUUUUUUCUCACAGUGUAUGCUACAACCUCUGGCCUCAUGGUAUCCCGGACACCAGUAUUUUAACAAUUUUUAAAACAUGAAUCACUCUCUAGCCUGCUAAGAUUGUGUGGAGAUUUUGUUGUUUGCAUUUGGCAUCUGAAGGAGCGUUUGGACCCAGAAACUGUGACACAUGACGUCAGACUUAACAACCGAAUAAUAAAAGUAUGCAAUUUUAUAAUGUUAAAAGCCACUGGUAGGCUGAUUCUUCUGAAAACUGUAAAAACAUCCUGACCGACAUUAGCUCAACCAAUGACAUGAGUUUCGGGCAUUUGAUGGAUCAAUGCUCAUUAUUUUUCAGUUCUGUUUGAUAGCACUAGUUGCAAAGAAAUUGCAGUUCACUUCAAUUGCACAGUGUUGCAAUUUACUUUUAGUUGAUUAAUUACUGAAUCUAAAUAAUUGACUAUAACACCUGGAUGCCUUUGCCUAAUUUAGCACUGAAGAUUAAGAUGAUACUGUAUGUUUACUUUUCCAGGUGAACCGAAGUAUCUUUCGAUACUUUUUGAUUUCGAACUACAUCUAAGUAGAUUAGCAAUUAGCCUUAAAUUACUCUUUGAUCUUGCCAUUGGAAGCCUUCUCCUAAUCUGUCUUUAUGAAUUAUGCCUGUUUUGCUAAUCAGUUGCUUCAGAAAAUCACUUCCUGUUUUUUUCCUGUUCCUUUUUUUAAUACAUUGGAGUAUGUCUGCUCCACCAGAGACUGUUGGACCUGAGGAACCCAGGCUCCCAAAGAUCAGCUAUCAGUCAAACUCCUCAUUUUACACGCCGGUCAGUGAGAUCUGACACAGCACUUCAGUGGAUUAGCACAUUAUCUUGGGUUGCAACCAACAGACUGGUGUUCAUGUUACCUGGCCUCUCAGAUUCAUCUGUCAUUAAAGUUCUUUAUCUCAGAAUUUGACCUAGUUCAUGACUUACACUGAGAAUGGUUCCUUCUGUUUGUAUGGACUUCACAUGGAAAGCAGCCAUAAAUUACGGUAAUUUUUAACCACAGAACACACAAAUAAAGCAAUAAUUUCAGCAUGAUAUGUCUUACUUGGUUUCAGGUUUGACUGGUUGCUGUGCUGUAUGAUCAGAUAGCAGGAUAUUAUGCUUAAACUGUAUCCAAGUCCAAACACUGUGCUUUGAUUAACCAACUAUUUAACUACAUGUUU